AUGUCUGGUAAGGCAAGGAUGGGUGGACAAGAGUUGAGGGUGGAUGGGAGUGGGAGGUGUGCAGGUGUUGGGAUGGAUCUUGAUACACAAAAGGGGUGUAUCGAGAUUCCUAAGAGUGUUUCUGAUGUUGGUGUUUUGGAGAGAGGUGGUUGUGGUGAUAGUGGGGAGUUUUCUAGUGAGGAUGAAAGGGAGGUAGGGAGUGGAACAAAAUUGGCGAGUCCGGAUUCGAGCUGGUUCAGUGCAGUGAGAGAGAAGGGAAGAGAGAAGGGAAGAGAGGAUGGAAGAGAGGAGGGAAGAGAGGAGGGAGGAGAGGAGGAAGGAGGAAGGUGGGGCAAGGAAGGAGACGGAAGGGGAAGGGGGGAACAAAGAGGCAGCAGGUGCAGCUUCGCUUUUGAUUCUCUUUCUGGAGCUGUUACAGGGCAGUUGGAGAAGGAGGAGGAGGAGGAGGAGGAGGAGGAGGAGGAGGAGGAGGAGGAGGAGGAGGAGGAGGAGGAGGAGGAAGAGGAGGAGGGAGGAGGGGGGUACUCUGUCAGAAAGGUCUGCAAGAAAAGCCUUUCUCCUUCCGGCUUUUCUGAUGGGGAGAUGGAAAAAGAGGGGGAAAGGGAGGAGGGGAAAGAGGAGGAGGAGGAAGAGGAAGAGGAAGAAGAGGAGGAUGAGGAGGAGUGUACUCCAAUCGCUACGCCUGUGGCAUUUUCCCGGUUUAGAAUCCUUCUCUCUGUGUGCCCACCGCCAGGGCCAGGGCAGCCGAAAGAGUCCAGGUUCAAUGUACCCGGAAAGGAGGAGAGGAAGAAAAUGGGUGCUGGGGAAACGGAGGGGCAAGAGAAGGGUGUACGGUUUGUCAUCCCAAGCAGGAGGGCUAGGGGGGUUUCAGGAGCCUCUGCUGCUUCCGCUGGUGCUGUUUCAGGUGGUGCCGUUUCAGGUGGUGGGAGCAUUAGCAAGCCCAGACACAAGCAGUGCCAGUCGUUUUCCGGCUUUGACUUUGGCUUGAUUGCGAAUGGACAGACGUUUCUUGCAGACGAUCAGCCAGAAGAGUCCAUGUUCAAUGCACUUGGAGAGGCGUUUCUUGAGGAUCAGCCAAAAGCGUCCAUGUUCAAUGCACCUGGACAGACAGUGUUUGAGACCCAGCCGGAGACGGGUGGCAGGAGAACGUUGGGGCGAAACGGGGCGAUACGGCAAGGCAAGAUGGGACGAGAAGAUAAGGGAAGAGAAGAGGGGAUGGGAAGGGAAGCGGGUGCGAAUGACGGCAAUACACGGGAUCAGCCAAAAGAGGUCAGAUUCAAUGCACCUAGACAGACGGAUAUUGAGGCGCAGCCAAAAGAGCUCAGGUUCAAUGUACCUGGACAGGAAGAGAGGGGAAACAAGGGUGGUGGGGCAAAGCAAGGGCAAGAGGGGGGAGCACGGAAAGAGGGGGUGGGACGAGAAGAGGGUGUGCAGGCCAGCAAAGCACGGCUUGCUGUCGCAAGGGGAAACACGGGGGGUUCUGUUGUUGCUGCUGCUGCUCCUGGUGGUGCUGGUGGUGGUGGUGGGGUUUCGGGCGGUGAGGAUUCAGGUGGUGGGGUGUCAGCAGGUGAAAUUUCAGGUGGUGAGGUGUCAGCAGGUGAAAUUUCAGGUGGUGGGGUGUCAGCAGGUGAAACUUCAGGUGGUCGAGGCAGUGGCAAGCCCAGGCACAGGCAGACCAAAUCGUUUUCCGGCCUUGACUUUGGAUUGAACGAGUGGGAUAUGGGGGAGAGCAGGGAGGGAGGGAGAAGAGAGGGGAUAGCGAGCAGAGGGGGUAGAGAGGAGGGCUCUAGCGGUUGGGCGAGAAGGAACCAAGGAGAGAGAGAGGAGCAAGGGGGUUUGUCACUUAGAGUAGCGAAGCUUGCAGUUGGGGUGAAAGGAAGGGGAGGAGAGAGAAGGGGGGAUGGAGGAAUGAGGGGAGGGGGAGGAGGAGGGGAGCUUCCAAGCUUGCUGUCACCACGAGCAAUGCCGAUUGCUUCUGGGCUUCCCGGAACCUUCUCAGCAGUUUCUCACCUGCUGCAAUCGUCUGGCCUCGGCGCGUGGCUCUCUCCCGGAGCUAGCCCUGCUGGUUCGGCCACCCACACACCUGCUGGCUCAGCAGCACACACCCCUGCUGGUUCGGAUGAUGACAGCAGCCCUCGCAAGCAGAGACCUGCUAGGCUUCGCCGGAUGGGAGAUCAGCAGCAGCAGCAGCAGCAGCAGCAGCAGCAGCAGCAGCAGCAGCAGCAGCAGCAGCAGCAGCAGCAGCAGCAGCAGCAGCAGCAUCAGCAGCAGCAGCAGCAGCAGCAGCAGCAGCAGCAGCAGCAGCAGCAGCAGCAGCAGCAGCAGCAGCAGCAGCAGCAGCAGCAGCAGCAGCAGCAGCAGCAGCAGCAGCAGCAGCAGCAGCAGCAGCAGCAGCAGCAGGAGGAGGAGGAGGAGGAGGAGGAGGAGGAGGAGGAGGAGGAGGAGGAGGAGGAGGAGGAGGAGGAGGAGGAGGAGGAGGAGGAGGAGGAGGAGGAGGAGGAGGAGGAGGAGGAGGAGGAGGAGGAGGAGGAGGAGGAGGAGGAGGAGGAGGAGGAGGAGGAGGGAGAGCAGGUACAGGGAAGAGUAGGCGGAGCAGAUCAGAGGGUGCUUUGUUCUGGACGAGUGGGAUCAGAAGGAGCGAGAGGUCGGGCACGGGUGGCCCGGCCGAACCUGGAGAGCGUGCAGGCGUCGUGGGUGCAUGAGGAUCCCGAGGAUGACUCUGAGUAUGCUGGGUGGGGUGCCACUUCCAAGGAAGGGAAGGCAGCAGAAGCGGGGUUUUGA